UUUGAAUUCCGGCUCGAGCCGGUAACGAGCUGCCCUAACGAGCAGGAAGCCGGCGGCGGCAAUUUACCCAGAAAAAGGAUGCCGCUGGUCUGACCGAAGUCAGGGCAGAUAAUAGUUUCCUAUUCAUUUGACAAAAUUGCGUGACUUUGGCGGUACAAUUAUCUAUAAUUUGAAUUUUCGUAUUUAUUUAUUUUUGAAUACAUUUUUUGUCCGAAAACGAGAAAUUAAAGUGGUUCAUGGCUGCACAAAAUAAAAAUAGCAAGCUAAAACGAACACGUUCGCCGACUCCAAAGGCAGAGCCCCCGUCCGCCCGCUUGAGCCCAGGUGACCUACUGUAGCCAUGAUAAUGCAGAAAGUCCUGCAUUGUUUGGGUCCGAAAACCUAUCCGGAGGUACCUGAAGGUGGCUGGGGCUGGGCUGUUGCUUUGGCCUUCUUCUUCGUUGAAGUCUACACCUAUGGAGUCCUCAAGAGCCUGGGUGUCUUCCUGCAAGACCUCAUGGAAGAGUUCCAGGAGAGCAACAGUCGCGUCUCGUGGAUCAUUUCCAUCUCUGUCUUCAUCUUUGCAUUCAGUGCGCCCUUGUCGACGAUACUGAGCAACCGCUUUGGCUAUCGGCCCGUGGUCAUGGUGGGAGGUUUCCUCAUUACCUUGGGAAGCAUAUCCUCUGCCUUCACCAACUCUGUCAAUGAGAUGUACAUCACCGUUGGAAUUGUCUCAGGACUUGGGUACUGCCUCUCCUUUCUCCCGACAGUCACCAUCCUAGCCCAGUACUUCUCCAAACGGCGAGCCCUCGUGACCUCGGUUGCUUCCUCUGGAGAAUCCUUUGCUAUGUUCCUGUUUGCUCCAUCUUUCACCAAACUGAAGGAGGACAUCGGCUGGCGCAACUGUCUAGUGGUCAUCGGCAUCCUCCAGGCAUCUGUGAUUGGCUGCGGGCUUCUUCUGUGUCCAAUCGUAAUUGAACCAGAGCCGGUGAAGGAUGACGAUGACUUAAAGUCAGAAUCUCAUUCUCUUAAGCACAUGAAAAGUGUUUAUGAGCUGGAGAAUGAGCAGACCAAAACAUCCAUUGGGUCAGGAGUGUCCCGGGAGUCUGAGGACUCGGGCGUGACCUCCCUUUCUGCCUCAGAUGAAGACCUCAGGAUGCAGGCAGCAGAAGCCAGGGCUGUAACGGAGUGGGACCAGGAGAAGCCAGCGUCCACCGCUCCCAGCCCAGAGCAGGAAAAGAGUCAGGUGGAACCGGCAGAGGGAGAGGCAGGUCCUCUCAAGCCCCCCAGUCCAAAGCUUCUAGAUUUCUCAGUGCUUAAAGACGGGGCCUUUAUAUGGUACUCGCUCUUUGGCCUGUUUGCCACACUAGGCUUUUUUGCCCCGCAGCUUUACAUAAUCGAGCUGAGUAAGAGCCGGGGCGUGGAGCCCAGCAUGGCGUCCUACAUGCUGUCCGUGAUGGCCGUGGCCGACGUCCUGGGCCGGCUGUCCAUCGGCGUGGUGCUGAACAGAGUCCGCUGUAGAAAGACCAAAGUGCUUCUCUGGUGCGUGGUCAUGAUGAGCCUGGUCCUGGUGGCCUUCACCGUUGUGUGGGAGUUCUGGGGGUUGGUGGUGUGCUGUGCUCUCUAUGGCUUCUUCAUGGGCACCGUGGGCUCCACGCACAUCCCGCUGCUGGCCGAGGACGAUGUGGUAGGCAUCCAGAAGAUGCCCUCAUGUGUUGGAGUUUAUGUGUUCAUCCAGAGCUUUGCUGGACUAACUGGACCACCGCUAGGAGGUGUCCUGGUCGAUUUUACGCAGAAUUAUGGUGCUGCUUUCUACUCGUGUGCGGCAGGCAUGGGCCUCAGCGCAGUCUGCCUGGCCCUGGUCGGCCCAGUUAAAGCCGGAAUGUUCCAAAGAAACAAAAACAAAGGCAAGAAUGCCAACAAAGACGAGACAACGUCUCAGGACAGUGACCAGUUGGAGUUUUUGGAAGUGGACUUAGCCCUGGAGAACAGUCCCGUCAGACAGGAAGAGGAUCUGGAUAAAAAGUCUGUCAUUUGA